GAGGAGGAGGAGGAGGUGGCGGCGGCGGCGGCGGCGGCGGCGGCGGCGGCGGCGGCGGAGCAGGUUCGCCUCGAGCAGGAAGCAGCAGAGGCGGCGGCGGCAAAAAAGGCUCUCGAGGAGCAUGCCGCGGAGGUGUCGAGGGCGGAGGUGGCGGCGGCUGCGGAGGCGGCGGAGGCGGUCAACCACGCGGCGCUGGCGGCGGAGGUGGCGGCGGGCCGUGGCGGCGGCGUCCCGCGGCGCACUCGCUUGGAGACGACCAAAGUGGCGCUGGUGGCAAAGAAGGCUCUCGAGGAGGAGGCCGCGGCCGAAGCUGCUCGCGCCGCUGAGACGGCUCGGAUCGAGGCGGAGAAGGCGGCGGCGGCGGCGUCGGCGGCGGCGGAGGAGGAGAAGGAGGAGGAGGGGAAGGGGAAUGUGGAGCUGGGGGAGGAGACAAAGGUAAAUGAGGAGGAGGUGGAGGAAGUGUCGAUGGCGGGGAAGCAGCAAUGGCGCACUGACCAGCAGCAGCAGCAGCAGCAGCAGCAGCAGGCGGCGGCAGCGGCGGCGGCAGCGGCGGCGGCGGCGGCGGCGGCGGCGGCGGCGGAGGCGGAGGCGGCGGCGGCGGCGGAGACGGAGACGGCGGCGGAGACGGAGGAGGAGGAGGCGGAGCAGCAGCAGCAGCAGCAGCAGCAGCAGCAGCAGCAGCAGCAGCAGCAGCAGCAGCAACAGGAGGAGGGGCCGAUGGAGCGCUUCGCCGUCGAGCGCCUCGCAGGCGAACGCCUCGCCGUGCUCGCGCGGGUGCAAGACGCGAUCGAGCAGGCGCGGCCCUCCGAGCGGGCGGUGUGGCGCGGCCCG